AUGACUUCACAAUCCAGCCUCCUCAAUGAUCUCCUACCAGAAAUCUUCCCAAUCGUCGCCUCGCUUCUCCCCCUACACGCGACGCCAUCGACGUUGCUUUCGCUGGCCCUCGUUAACAAGCACAUCUCAACCAUCGUCCUACCUUUAGUCUACUCACGACUCAUCCUGAAGAACGAAGACGAUGCGCUGAAGGUCAUCCAAAAGCUCCUAGACGAGCCCGAGCUAGGGAAAGUCGUCCGCGAGCUCCAUAUCUUAUCUGAUCUCUCGGUUGCUACGCGAAACGGGGAGCGCCCAUUCGAUGUCGUGCGCGGUCUCGAAAAGGUCAUCGCCGCGGGAUCGCUCCCGUAUAUCCAUACCUUAGGGCUUGAACUGCUGACAGGAUGGCACUACGACGACGAGUUCGAGCCGGUGGAAGGGUUUGGGGAGCUAAGACGGGAGUUCUGGGAAGCGCUCAGGAAGAACUGCCCAAGAUUGCGGGGCCUCGUACUCCGCGACAUCGCCGACAACGAGGAUGAUCCGUGGCUCGAGGAGUCUGGUCUGCUCGAGAUACAGGACAUUACAAGCCUCACCGUGAAAUUCAAAGAGUUGACUCUCAACAAAACAAAUGGCGAGAAACUCGUGAAGAACAUUGCAUCUUUGAGCGGCUCACUACACACCUUGAACCUCGCGCCGCACUCGACGGACUUCGUAUCGGCGUCACCUAUUUUCGCCCUCGACUUUCCCGUCCUCCGGUCACUCAGCCUCAGCCUUUCCCUCGGCACCACAGAAGAGGCGAUGGCGUUCUUGGAGCGCCAUCCAACAAUCGAGUACUUGAACAUAGCCGACCCCGACUGGAAUGCACCCUGGUUCACAAACAGCCUUCCAAACGCGUUCUUGCCCAGGCUGAAGCAUCUCAAGGCGCAUUUCAAAGACGUCCGAACCCUAGCUCCCAUCCUCCACCAGCUUGUCAGCCUUACGGUCUACGAGAGUAUCAACGCGCAGGUUCCCUAUCUCCUCCACUCCGUCCUGCCCGAUGGGCUCCCGAAUCUCAAAGCUCUUAGGAUCGAGCAAUCGCCGUCUGCAAGCAGCAAGAACGUGAACAACGAAGGCAGCCUGUGGUACGAAACCGCGGACGGGGAUUUCAAGGAAGCGAAGGUGCACAAGGGAUCACGAAGCGUCGUCGAUGGAUACAUCCACUCCGUCGCCCGUGGAGCGCCGAACAUCGAAGAGCUGAGUUUCCCUUCGUACUCGAUAGAUGUGGCUGAUUUUGCAAACAUCGCUGAUGAACUCGCCGGCCUCUCCAACCUCCAGCGCUUCUACCACUCAGGCAUGAACAGCUCCCUCGCAGAUAUCUCGGAAGAGGAGCAGGAGGCGGUGCUUGCGAACGUGCAGAUUCUGGCGGAGGCAUGUCCAUCACUGACAGCGGUGGUCGACACGAGCAGCGUGAACCUUCCCUUCGUCACCGCGAGGAUAGUGAGGGAUGGAGAGGGCAAGGUCUCCAAGGUUGCCCUCGGGACUGGGUAUGGGGUGUUGAUUGGGAAUGACGAUGAGGCGUUCCCCCGACUUUGA